AUGUCAUAUAUAGACAAUGCACUUUUCUCCGCACUGCGUUUCCAACAGUAUGUUCACUGUUUUAUCUCAUUUGGUUAUUACUUAUUUUUUAGAGUCUUUCCGCCUCCCAUGGACGAUGUGUACAUGGAUCAGAUGGAUCUGAAAACUCUUUACCGUUUCUCUUGGACUUGCAAGAAGCUAAACGACCGCGUUUCGGGCUAUAUGCGCCGCGCCUUCCGUCCCAAAAAUUUAUUUGCUCCUAUCUUCAAACCCAAUGAACAUUUGCUGUUUCGUCUUCUCCAGUUCAAGACUGGCCUGGUUAUUUCAGGUUCCACCUUUUUGCAUUUUACUUGUUUUAGUGGUCCAACGCAAAGCGUGGCAUGA